CAUUGUUCUGCGCCCUCGCUUGUUUGGCUCUUUCAAUGAAACGUUUACCGCAUAACUAAACUUUUGGACAUCAUAAAGAUGCCUCUGCCUCCAGCUUUACUUGCACGCCUCGCUAAAAGAGGGAUCGUCAAACAGUCCGACCACGAGGCAGAAGAGGAGAUCAUUGCCGAAGACUAUGAUGAUAACAACGUUGAUUAUGAAGCUACCAGGCUUGAAAAUUUGCCAACGAAUUGGUACAAAGUUUUAGACCCCGCUUGCGGACUUCCUUACUACUGGAAUAUAGAGACAGAUUUAGUGUCCUGGUUGUCCCCCAAUGACCCUACUGCUGUCAUCACCAAAGCUGCUAAGAAGCAGAAAGGUGAGACUGGACAUGACAAAGCAGACAGUCACUAUGAGAAGGCGGAGAGAGACAGGGAUCGAGACCGAGAGAGGGACAGAGACAAGGAGGACGGAUGGGACAGAGAUAGAGACCGAGAUAGGGAUCGAGACCGGGACAGGGACAGGGACCGUGACAGAAGGAUGCGGAGAGAUGACAGUGCACCAUAUAGCAAAUCAAAGAGAGGAGGACCAGGAGGAGGUCGGAAACAGCAGCAGGAGGAAAUGGAUCCCAUGGAUCCCAGCGCCUAUUCAGAUGCUCCAAGGUAAUGACCAGCUAGUUUAC